AGGGUUUUGCAAUGGGUUUAACACUUCUAUCCUUUCUUCUUCUAUCACCAUGUGAGAGUGUUUCCCUUUCGACAAAGUUGAAAAACCCUCACCACUAUCAUCACCAAAAACCCUAUCAUGGAAUGAAUCAAAACCCUAAAAUAACCCUAAACCUAAACCUAAUCCUAAACCAUGAUCAUCUCCAAGCCCUUUUCUUCAAAAACCCUCCUUUCACUCACUUCAAAAAACCCAUCUUCUUCACCAUUAUUUCCAUAUUCAAUUUUCAUCUCGCACUUCUCAACAUCAUCACUAGCACCUCAUCACUCCUACUCUCAUUCGCUUUCCGACUCGAAAAAUGUUAGGGUUUCAGUGUGGUGGGAUAUUGAGAAUUGCAAUGUGCCAAGUGGGGUUAAUGUUUUUAGAGUGGCUCAAGCUAUUACUGCAGCUCUUAGGGGUAAUGGGAUUAAAGGGCCUGUUCAAAUUACAGCUUUUGGUGAUGUUUCGCAACUUUCAAGGGCUAACCAGGAAGCACUUUCUUCGACUGGGAUCAACUUGGCGCACAUUCCUAAUGGUGGAAAGAACAGUGCUGACAGGUCUCUUCUCGUUGAUCUUAUGUGUUGGGUUUCCCAAAAUCCGCCACCUGCCCAUCUUUUUCUGAUUUCUGGUGAUAGGGACUUUGCAAAUGUUCUACACCGUUUGAGGAUGAACAACUACAAUAUAUUGCUUGCUGCUAAAGAUACUGCCCCUGGUGUUCUCUGCAGUGCUGCAAGCAUCAUGUGGCAGUGGGAUUCUCUGGUCAAAGGGGAAAACCUAUCUGGAAAGCAUUUUAACCAACCCCCUGAUGGUCCCUUUGCCUCUUGGUAUGUCCAUUAUAAGGGACCACUAGAAGACCCCUUUGCAGUUGUUGAGCAACCAACAUGUUUGAAGGUCAAGGAUAAACCUGAGGGUAGUUCAGAGUCUGCAGUUCGUCCAAUUCCGAAAGCAGUUAUGAAGCAGCUUUGUCACAUUUUGAGUUCAUGUCCAAAAGGAAUGUCAAUUACUGACCUUCAAAGCGAGUUGGCAAAAAGUAGUGUGCCUGUUGAUAAAGACUUGUAUGGAUAUAAAGAGUUCUCCCGCUUUCUUUUAUCCAUGCCACAUAUAUUGAGGCUCAAGAGUGAUGGUGAUGGUCGAUUUGUUGUACAUUGUGCCACUACAAAAGAUCCUGAACCAUUUCAGCUCAAUCCGUGCAAGUCUACACCUACUGCUGUUGACAAUGGAAGGCAACACAUUACCAGGUCUUCAAAGUCAAAUGGUGAGGACAUUUCUGCUUCUGGGUCUGUGGAUGGGAAGUUGUCAUUGCCUUCUUCUCCUAAGCCAAAUUUAAAAGCGCCCCCAACAAUUAUGCACCAACCCUCUCUUGCUGAGAAGUCUGUCAAAAUGAAUAUUCAACAACCUCCAAAACAAAUGGUACAGCCCCAGCCUUCAAAACAAAUGGAACAACCCCCUGCAGUUGCUGAAAAGGCAGAAACGGUUAAUGCAAAGAUGAUUGAGGAUCAUCUGCCUGCUGUGAAAGAACAUGUUUCUUCAACUGAAGCGGGCUUUUUUAGGAAAUUAUGGAGAAGAUUGUUUGGUGGCAAGGUUGAUGAUUCAGAAUUGAAAAGCGAGAAUGUUCUGGUGGAAUCUUUUGGAGAAAACUUGGUGAAGAAAAAUGAGAACACUUUGGCAGAACAUGAUCGUUCUGGUGAGAGCCCACAAAAGAAUAUUGAGAAAAAAAGCAUGGAUUCUACAUCUCAGGUUGAUGAUCCAGUGGAUCCCACUGUGGAAACAACUCGGGAGAAUAAAACUGCUACAAGUUCUGAACCACAUGCUAAAAUAUUGAGGAAAAGUCCAGGUUUGUUUAACCAGAUAUUGGAUUGGUGUAAAUUUGGGGGAGAUAGUGCAGUUGCAUCAAAUGAUCAACCUACUGUAAUACAUGGGCACAUGAAGAGUGAUGUGAGGAAACCUGAAGUUUUUUCUGAGGAUUUGUUUUGGAGAGAAAUGGAAUCUUUUAUUGUCAUGAAGAGAGGAUCACUUGUUAUCUCACAAUCCAGGACCAGGGAACAGUUAGCGCAAAAUCUGCAAAAGGAAGGACCUUUGGUUCUUAGAUCUCUGAGUGAAAGUGAUGUCCUUCAACUGGUGGAUAUGAUAAUAUCGGAGAAGAAAUGGGUAGAAGAAUGUCCAUCUGAAGCUUUCCCUUUCAAGCUCUCUUGGUUUGUUGCACAGAGUACUGUGGGUGAUUCUCGUGCUUCAAAUGGACUGAGUUCUAUAUUUAUGAGCGCCCUGUCAGAGUCUAACUUGCGGAGACAACCAGGACAUGGAGAUAAAAAGAGUCAGAGCAUUUCUCACACUGGAGUGUCCUCACCUGUCUCUGUUAAAAACCCUUCUGAAAGGUCUAGGAGUGAGAUACUAGGUGACUGUCAAAAGCUUGUCAAAGAGAUAUUGAAGGAAUUUCCUGGAGGAUAUAAUAUGGACGCAUUUAGAAAGCUGUUCCUUGAGAGGUAUGGCUAUAACCUUGAUGCCAAAAAGCUCGGUUACCCCAAGUUGGCAUCCUUCCUUCAGAUAAUGCCUGGGGUGAAAAUAGAAUCCAAUCUUAUCAUUCCUUGCAAUGAAAUGGCUAAACGUUCAAGCACAGGCAGAGCUGUUCUUGAUAAUACAAGUUCAGAAAGUGAGUUCUUUGAUGCAUCAAAGAAGGAUGAUGAAUUGGACUCUACAUGGGAAGAACUUGGUCCUGUUGACAACAUGGGUUCUGGAAAAAUGGCAAUACAAUCAGCAAUAGGGAUGAAAAGAAGAGGUGAAAGAAUGAGGCAACCAUAUCCUGAAUAUGAAUCUCCUCUCUCAGAUGAUGAAUAUUCAGAUUCAGAAGAGUCUGGUGUAGUAACUCGUCCUGGAGGGCAGGCAAAGCCUGGAUUUAUUGAUGAAAACAGCUCACUACUGCAAAUGCUUGAUUCAUGGGAUGACAGUAAAGAAGGUGACGAUAAGAAUCAGCCAGAAAAUCUGGAAAGUGUGCUUGAUUCUUUCACAAAUGGUUUGAGGUCAUCUUAUUCAUCCAGACUAGGCACGAAGAUCAAAACUUCACAAAGACCUCAAAAGAGCUAUUCUUUUGUUGCAGAUCCUGUAGAGAACAAAACAGAGCCGCUAGUUGAUGGCAUAUUAGUUAGCUUGAAGAAACCAAAUGAGUCUAGGGUGGAAGGUUGAUAGGUCUUAAGAAGUAAAUGCAACCAAGGUCUUCCUGUGGAGUGUUAGCAAAGGUGAGAUUCCUUUUUUCAGUAUUUAGCCGCGAAUUCUAGACACUCCCUGGAUUUGUUAAUGCUUUAGCUCCAUUUUUCAGCAAGUGUUUUAUUACCAAGGUUGGAUAACUGAUGCCCCAGAGAUGAUCAAUUAUUUUUUGUGCUCGCGGGAAAUAAUUAUAGGUGGGGAGAUAAUACCUUUGAAUCACCUUUAAUGUAUAUAUCUAUUUUAUAUACUAAGCUUGCACAGAUGUAAUCUACAUGCAAGGAACCUUGAGGCUUUCUCCUAUUGACGCGGUCAGUAUAUAUGGUUUUGUUCCAGAUUGAGAAUUGAGAUGGCUACCAUCAAUAUACUUUUGCUUUAUAGAUCUUUUGUUAA